ACGUAGUAGCGACCAAUUCAUUUGUGCUUAAACCUCAUCUUCAACAAGAACAUUAUUGAGUAGAAGCCGCUUUUCUUAUUGUAAAAAGCUUUCGGUGCAGUGACAAUUCUAACGAUGAUGUUCCGAAUCGCGAGCGUUAUUGCUUUUUGCGCUUUAUUAAGCGAGGCACGUAACUACAGCCAUCGAGGGACUGAUAUUCGAGAUCAAGAUCUACCACCGGCAGAUCAGCCAGCUUUAGUGGCUAGAUACGUCGUUAAUCAAGCUGAUUAUGCAGCCGUAGCGACGAUAAGCACUCGAAAAGAUAUUGAUACAUAUCCUGUUGCGAAUGUAAUCGCUUACAGCGAUGGACUUAUUGGAAAUGGCACUGGAAUACCUUAUAUGUAUAUUACCACUCAUGACCAUUACACAACCAUUGUACAAGAUCUCGAUAAAGACAAUCGCGCGACCCUUCUAAUAUCAUUAGUAUUAACAAAUUAUUGUGGAAAUAAUUUGGAUGUAAUGAACAAGCGAUGUCCUAGCGUUUUGCUAACUGGAAAAUUUGCAGCAGUGAACGAUACUGCAGAGUAUGAAACUGAAGCACAAUUAUUCUCCAAACGUCAUCCGACAUUGGAAAAUCGGAUUUCAGAUCAUUCUAAAGCCUACCUCGUCAAGUUCGACAUACAAGAGAUCGCUUUGGUAGACUUUAAUAUUGGAACAAAAUACAUUUCAAUGGAAGAUUAUUUUCGUCCGCCGGUAAAUCAUAUCGUAAAUUAAUUAUACAACCGUUUUCUUGAGGAACACAAGUUUUCUCGUGUCUAAUGAGUAGAUUCGGUAAAUAUUAUCACUAAUAAUC